AUGCUUUCAGAUUUUCAAGGAGAGCCUCGCGUUCUUGCCAAUAACUCCGCUUGUGGGCUCUGGAUAAGCAAGAGACUAAAUGGCACAAUGCUGAUUAGUGCGGCUUAUGACGGGUGCUACAUACUGAAGGAGGAUGGAGAAUAUGUGAUGACUCUCGUCUUGGAAGAGAUUGUGAAUGGAGAAGUUGACCACUAUAAGGUGGAAAAAAGAUGUCCUGUUAUAACUGCUAAGGAUGCUCCUAGCCCAAGUAUGUGUUCUGCUGUGAGUCAAGUGGACAAGCUUUCUUGUAUGAAUGCACCAGUGUCCCAAGUGGUCUGUGAGGAAGUUGGCUGCUGUUUUUCACCAAGUGACUCUACAAUGCCCUGUUACUUUGCAAAUAAAUUGACCACAUGGUGCUCAAGUGACAACAACAUGGUGGUUGCAGUUUCCAGAGAUCUGACCAUGCCGCCACUAAAUUUGUCUUCUGUACACAUGACUGGUUUGGAUUUGUCUACUUGUGCAGGAUUGUUGGUAUCAAUGAGCUCGUCCUUUGCAGUUUUCAAAUUCCCCUUAUACUGUAGCAACUUAAGACAGGUGGCUGGUGGUCCAUUGGUCUAUGAGAGCACCAUAGAAGCUGUAAGAAGUGUUCUCGCCUGGCAAGGAUCCACAAUAACAAGAGACAGCAUAAUGCGAGUGACUGUGCGCUGCAGCUAUUCCCAAGCCGGCAUUGUUCCUGUCCAAGUUGGUGUUUACACUCUGCCACCACCGUUUCCGGUUACCACCUCUGGACCGCUCUUCCUGGAGAUGACUAUUUCACAAGAUCAGAGCUACUCUUCGUACUUUUCUGAAAAUGAUUACCCUGUGGUUAAAGUACUCAGAGAACCAGUCUACUUGGAGGUCCAUCUGUUGCACAGAACUGAUCCCAAUCUUGUCCUAGUCUUGGAGAACUGUUGGGCCACCAACUCUGCAGACCCAACACUCAAUCCUCAAUGGCCGAUAAUGUUGACAAGAUGCCCCUUCAUUGGUGACAACUACAUAUCCCAGACUGUACCUGUUGUAAGUGCAACACCAAGCCUGCCUUACCCAACUCACUAUAAGAGAUUUUCUGUGAAGACCUUCUCAUUUGUGGACCAAAGCACCCAAACUGCUCUUGAAGGAUUGGUCUAUUUCCACUGUAGUGCUUCUGUCUGUGUCCCAUCUGCCACUGAUAGUUGUGUGACCUCAUGUACCUCAAGGAAAAGGCGUAUGGCUAAAGAUGUUGACUUGGAACGUCUGAAGAAUGUGGUGACUUCAUAUGGGCCAGUUGAGUUCCUUCCUGUUGGGAAAGAAACCUUGGCACUGGAAGUGCUUAUACAGACUGCACAAAUGGAUGACUGGGAUGAAAAAGUUUCUCACUGCAAGUACCAAGAAGAUGUGAAAUUGAAUUUCAGUUGA